AUGAGCACCAGUCAGCGUAGCUAUGAAGCAGCCUAUAGGGAACUUAUCCCUUUUGUUCGACCUGCACCGAUCGACAUUGAAAAGACCCCUGGCACUGGGGAACCGAAAGCUAAAAAAGAUCAAAAGCCAGCUCCGAAGGUCGCUGAACAAGCUAAAACUGGCCAAUCGAAGUCAACGAAAACACCCAAAAGUUCGGAUACAGCCUCCGAAGUGAGUAAAUUAGCCACGAAUAUGGAGCGACUGAACACCCAUUCGGACGCUCCGGCCCAUAAAGGAGAUGCGAUAGCUAAUGAAAAGCAAAGCAAAGGACAAAAGUCCCGGAUAAAGCCUGCUGAUGAAAGUCAUCCGGCGUCUCAACCCACUCCCACCACUUCAGCCAGUGCACAAGAACCAGCUUCAACUCACCCUCAAAGCGCAGAUGUUGAACCUGGAAACGCAGAGAAGAAAAAGCGCAAACGAAAGAAGAAUAAGAAGAAUACGUCUGAAUCCGCUGUCACGAGUGACUAG